GCCGACGACCGCUCCAUGUGAUCAUAACGUGCUUUGUAAAAUUGUCCAAAUGUUAAGGAACAUAAUGUGGUUUCCUUUUCUUCUGUUUCUUGGAGCAAUGGUGGAACCCAUCAGGAUGUUUCCAUGCACAAUUGACCAGCAUGUUGCCUACUGUUCUUUUAAGUCUCUGACGCAGAUUCCCGACUUUCCAAAUGACAUCAUCGAGAUCGACUUAAGUGUGAAUAACAUUACAGAGAUAACGGAAUAUUCAUUCCCUAAACUGGACAGUCUGACAGUCUUGGACAUUGGAGAUCAGCAGACAAAAUUCCUGAUAGUGCGACAAAACGCUUUCAGAAACAUAAGAAAUCUUCAAGUACUGAGUUUAGCAGGUAAUGUUAAUCUCAUCCUUAGUCCAGAUGCAUUUGUGGGUUUACUUAAUGUGAGGUAUCUUAAUUUACUGUACAAUAACUUGAACGAAUCCAUAUUGGAAGGUGAGUAUCUGAGGGACCUGGUUUCACUUGAAACACUGGAUCUUUAUGGAAAUCAUAUCCAGCGACUGAGACCCAAUAGCUAUUUUCGGAGAAUGACAAAUUUCACGAUCCUGAAUUUGAAGCUCAAUCAAAUCGCGCAGAUCUGUGGGGAUGACCUCUUGCACUUUCGAGGAAAGAAUUUUCAACUCCUCAGUCUUGACUCAAAUUAUGUUGGCAAGAUGGAGUCCACCCCAACUUUCUGGGAGGAGUGUGGGUAUCCAUUUCAGAAUGUCAACUUUGAAAUCUUGAAUCUUGCAGGCAACGGUCUCGACGAGGAAUUAAUACGGCAAUUUGUUUCAUCCUUGAGAGGCUCAUACAUUCAGGGACUUAUACUUAAUCAUAACAGCGUUGGAAGAUCUUUUGGGUUUAACAACUCUCGAGACCCUAGUGGGGAAACGUUUGAUGGACUGUCACAGAUUCCUAUUAUUGCUUUGGAUCUGUCAAAUUGUUUUAUUUUUUCUCUGGAGCCAUACGUUUUUAAAUCCCUUCACGAGCUGAGGGUUCUUCAGUUAUCGUUUAACAAAAUCAAUCAGAUCCAGCGCAGAGCCUUUGAAGGUCUUAACAAUUUGCAGGUGCUCAACCUGUCCAAUAAUCUGCUGGGUGAAAUUAUACCAAACGACUUCUAUGGUCUUCAAAGUAUCACCACGAUAGACCUGUCAAACAAUAACAUUGGUGGGAUUAUACUGACCACUUUUAAUAAGAUGCCAUUUCUGAGAGAAUUAAACCUUCGAGGGAAUUCUAUCCGUAAGUUUGAAAUUGUUGCAACUAUUCCCAGCCUACAGUAUUUUCUGUUAGGAGAUAACAAGUUGGACUCCUCGGUUCAGUUAACAGACGUUGCUACGGAUUCCAUAUUUGUUGAUUUAUCAGAGAACAGGUUAAGCGAUCUUGAUGUCUUUUUUAAAAUGAUGGCCGAUGGUAAAAAGGAGUUCAUUUUGCUAAGACACAACCGCCUUUCAUAUUGCAAGGGCUCCAGCAACAUUCCAGAGAAUAACAGCUUAAUACAUUUGGACCUUGAGGACAACAUCUUGGAGUUGGUGUGGCAGAGAGGAACGUGUUUGCAUAUCUUCCAUAAACUUGGGAAACUGGAAAAGCUCCGACUCAACCAGAACUGCCUUCGGUCUCUCCCGUCAGACAUCUUUAAAGGUCUCAUUUCCUUGACUCACUUAAAUCUCUCGUCAAACUUUAUUACCUAUCUGCCAAAAGGAAUUUUCCCCGAGACUCUGAAAACCCUGGAUUUAUCAAUCAACCACCUUCUGUCGCCCAGUCCUGAUGCCGUCAGCUUCAUCAGAGAACUCUACCUUGGGAGGAAUAAUUACAUCUGCGACUGCAGCCUGAAGGAGUUCAUCCUCUGGCUUCAAAACAGCAACUCUACACAAGACAAGCAAGAAUUAGUCUGUGCCUUUCCAGAAAAUUUUAUCAAUGUUCCGCUUACUUCUCUUACUACAGAAGGGUGUGAGGCUGAAGAUGUGGCAUUUGUGAUGAAAGUCCAGCUUGUGCUUUUUGUAGGGACGACCGUCUUAAUUUCGCUGAUGCUAAUUGGGAGUGUGACUUUUACUCGCUUCCGAGGUACAUGCUUUAGGAUUUACAAGACUGCAUUUAACCGUUUGCUGGGAUCUCCAGGUUCUGAACCAGGCCAAAGAGAUCAUCAGUACGAUGCUUACAUUUGUUUUAGCAACGAGGACUUCUCAUUUGUGGAAGCGGCUUUCCUUAAACAGCUCGACUCACAGUUUUCCGAAAAGAAUACGUUCAGAGUUUGCUUUGAGGCCCGGGAUUUUCUUCCAGGGGAAGAUCACAUCUCAAAUAUACGCAACGCAAUCUGGGCCAGCAAGAAAACCAUUUGCGUGGUGACCAGAGAGUUCCUAAAGGACGGAUGGUGUAUUGAAGCUUUUAACAUGGCGCAAAGUCGACAGUACGACGAACUCAAGGAUGUUCUCAUCAUGAUUUUAGUUGGAAGAAUACCGCAGUACCAGCUCAAGAAAUUUAGUCCAAUCAGAACCUUUGUACAAACCAGGCACUACCUGCUAUGGCCUGAAGACCUACAAGACAUGGAAUGGUUUCAUCACAGACUAGCAUGUUUAAUUCUUAAACAGAAAACAUCAAAAAGUAAAGAAAACGUUUCAGAAGAUGUCUCCCUCUCCGCAGUUAAGAGCGACAGCGCCGUUCCUUAAAAGACAACAAAUGUGCGUCGGCAGUCAUGAGAUGUUCUGAUGAGAAGUUCCACAUUUUUCAAAUAAAACAGCAGCAAUGGAUAGCAGGGUUCCUUUGGGACACAAAUGCCUGAUACCAUAGCUCCGAAAAACGUAGAAGGAAGAGUUAAAAUCGAUCAUUCUGCAACUGUGGGAGGCCACCAUCAACCUUUGACAGCGUAGAGGUGGUGACGCAAGUUCUCCGUUUAUUUUGGCAUCACAUGAAGCUUAUCCUUCUCUUGGUGGGGGUACACAGAAGACCACUGGAGAUGAAUUAAGAACGUUCGAUGCCUCAGGUAGGCAACAGAAGUUAGAUGCACAAGGUAGGCAAAGACAUUCAAAAAGGGAAAGUUGGACCACAUGGAGUCAUCGGUUUUGAGCAUACUAACACAAACUGGUGCAAACUGGAGUUUUUUCGUAAGCCUUGGUAAUUCUAGUGUUAAAAAGAGAGAAAAGAAAAAGAAGAGGAGGGGCAGUUCAUUGUUCGAAACAAACAAAUCAGUAACUUAUGGAAAUCCAAGAGCAACGACAGUACUAGAAAUGAGGACUACUGUAGACCAGAAUGAACUCCGAUUUUCAGGGAAAGACUGAAAUAAAUGUGAUUAAAUGUAAACUAUACU